UAAUUCAAUAUUCUGGAAUAGAACGCAACUCUUAAUCCCAAGUUGGGCUUGGCGAGUUCAAAAUCGUAAUAAAAGUAAUAAAUUAUUGUGCUAAUUGAACAAAACUUAUUUGUGAAAAUGUCGACGCCUCCAAGAGAAACUAUUCAAAAGCAAAUCCAACAGGACUGGGCCAACAGGGAGUACAUCGAAGUAAUCACGGGAAGCAUAAAGAAGAUCACAGAUUUCUUGAACUCAUUCGACAUGUCCUGCAGAUCUCGCCUAGCAACUUUGAAUGAAAAACUGACAUCUUUGGAACGGAAGAUUGAUUAUCUGGAGGCCUGUGUAACUAAAGGUGAAACACUGACAUAAUCUGAA